AUGUGGCGGGAUCGCACCAACCUCUUCCUCUCCUACCGCCAAUCCCUAAUUCACCACCCAGCCAAAAAGCCACACUUCACACCAAUAAAUGGCUUCUCCGACACACCCUCGCAUCCGGAAGAGAACCGGCGCCUAAUCUCCGACAACGACGAAGAUGGUGAUAUGGUCAUCGAGAUGGACCUCCUCCCGCCGCGCUGGGUCGACGUGCAGGAAGAGGUCUCCGAACUGCUGUCCGAGAUCGCCCAGAACUCCGCCCAGCUCGAUAAGCUGCACCAGAAACAUCUGCUCCCGGGCUUCGGCGACGAGGACCUGCGCAAACAGGAUGAGGGUGUCAUAGAGCGCCUGACUCAGGAUGUCACGCGCUCCUUUCAUGAGUGUCAGCGCUCUAUCAUGCGCAUCGAGACGAUGGUUACCGAAUCGAAGGCGCAUGGCGGUGUUACCAGUGGCGAGGAGACUAUGGCGAAGAACAUCCAGAUUUCUCUGGCUGCUAGGGUACAGGAGGCUAGUGCAAGGUUCAGAAAGAAGCAGAGUACUUAUUUGCGAAAGUUGCGUGAUCUUGAGGGUAUUGCGACCCCAUUCGAUGGCGCGCCUACACCUGCCCAGAACCCAUACACAGAUCCAUCGAUGAUGGAAUCAGAUGCCGAUAGGUCAUUUUCACAGACAAUGCUACAGCAGACUUCGCAACGGCAAGUCGGUCAGAAUGAUGCUGCUAUCGCGCAGCGAGAACGCGAAAUCAACGAUAUUGCAAAGGGAAUCAUUGAGCUCUCGGAUAUUUUCCGGGAACUACAGAGCAUGAUUAUCGACCAAGGAACCAUGCUGGACCGUAUAGAUUACAACAUUGAGCGAAUGACCACUGAGGUCAAAGCCGCGGAUAAGGAGCUGAAAGUGGCCACGGGAUACCAAAAACGCACCACCAAGCGCAUGAUCAUGCUUUUGCUUCUCCUCAUCGUAGUAGGAAUGAUCAUUGUGUUGGUUGUAAAACCCAAGGGCCACAGUCCAGCGCCGCCGCCACCUCCAGAAGAUGAGUCUUCAAAUAAUAUUCGCUCCAUGGUAACUCACCGAGGUCGAAGGCAUCAGUUGUCAAAUAGGUUUGCACGAGAUCGAUGGAUGGAUCCGGAUAUACUCCGAUGA